GCGGCCAACCCCGCACAGCGGCGAUAAGCUCUCCUACAAAACCCUCAACACUAUUCACACCCCAAAAACGAGCGCGUCGCGAGAGAAUGCCUCUACAGAAUGCUGACCCCGACGCCUUUCCGACGAGACAGCUGACAAUUCUGGCAAUAUGCCGAUUCUCGGAGCCCAUAGCAUUCAACUCGAUCUUGGCAUACACCUAUGUCAUGGUGCAAGACCUGCAUGGUGGCGAUGACACCGAUGCGUCUUUCUACGCCGGCCUUCUCGUCUCCGCCUAUGCCGUUGCAGAGGCCCUCACGGCCAUGGCCUGGGGAAGCAUCUCCGACCGCUAUGGACGAAAGCCCGUAGUUCUGAUCGGCUUGGGAGGGGUCGCACUCUCCAGCCUCAUCUUCGGCCUUGCCCAGAAAUACUGGGUUGCUUUGCUGGCACGCUUCGUUGGUGGUGCCUUGAACGGGAAUGUCGCUGUCAUGCAGACCAUGGUUGGUGAGAUGGUGAAAAAGCCAGAACACGAGCCCAAGGCGUUUGCAACACAGCCAUUCGUUUGGUUCCUAGGCUCCAUCAUCGGCUCAGCUAUGGGAGGCUUUCUCGCCCAACCGGCCCAUUUCUAUCCCUCUGUCUUUCCCGAAGAUGGACUGUUCGGACGAUAUCCAUAUCUCUUGCCGAACUUAGUCGCGGUUGUGGUCAUCUUGCUCGCCAUACUCCAAGGAUUCUUUCUUCUCGACGAGACCAAUCCUCGGGAUCCCGAAAAGCACCACGUUGAAGAGGAUGACAAUGCGAUUGAUGAGCGCACCCCUCUGCGGCGCCCCUUGCGCAGAGUCUCAAUUCCAACGCGAUCAGACUCCGUUAGUCGGACCCGUUCCCUCGUAUCUAGCGUCCGUGCCGUCCGCAAGCGUGCCUCAUUCAUGGAAGAAGGCAUGCCGCUGUCUACUGACCAGCGCUUCGACCUCCGCCGCUCUUCAUUCGGAACCGUCCACAGUAUCCAAGUUCCCCUGAAAGCGGAGCCUGAACCCUCUCCGACUGACAGUGAACCCUCGCCAUACAACUUCACCAUCAUGAUGCUUACCGUCGCAUUGGUACUAGUCGCAUACCACCAAAUGGCUUUUGGAAGUACGCUGCCGAUCUACCUACUCGACAAGCCUACCACAGCUCCCGGCCAUCUUGACCUCCACGGUGGCCUUGGGUACACAGUUCACGACGUUGGGGCAUACAUGGCCGUCAACGGCGUCAUUGCACUACUCAUUCAAGGCUUCAUAUUCCCACCUUUUGUCGAGAAAGUCGGAGUAUGGUACUCAUUCGUCUCAAUGAUCGUACUCUACCCAAUUUCAUACGUUGUCAUGCCGUUCAUCUCAGUUCUCCCAACAUCUGUCAUGCCCGCCGGUAUCUACGGUGCUUUGAUUCUGCAGAACUUCUUCGGUAUCAUCAUGAUACCUUGCGGGCUUAUCCUCCUGAAAAACGCAGCACACAGCCCGAAGGUUUUAGGUCGCGUCAAUGGGAUGGCUAUGAGUGGCACUUGCUUAGCUCGAACCGUUGCUUCGCCUUUGGUUGGGCUCAUUUACAGUCGUGGUGGAAGCGGAGCGGCUUGGUUCAGCUGCGCGGGAGUCGCAGUCCUCGCAAUUCUGCAGAUGUUCUGGGUACCUCGAAAACAUGUUCACGAUGUUGAUGGGGUUCAUGUUGAGAGUAACUUCAGGGGGAGGACGGGGGACGAUGAUGUGGCUAGCGUGAGGGAGAGUGCAAUUGAAGAUUAGCGUAUUGAGGUUUGUGGGCCUCAGGGCCCUUUCCGUCUUCCGGGUUCCCACUUCAUUUCCUCAGCAACGGUUGCCGCGGUCUGCAUCUCUGCGUGUCUGCAUCUCUGCAUAGAAUGGCGCUCU